GUUCUCAUUGGUAUUAGGGUGAACUGCUGCAUCCCUAUUGGCCUCCGCGGCGUCCUGCUCUCUGAUUGGCCGCGAUGGUUCACGUGACGAGCGGCGGUGAGGAGCGCGGCGGCCGCGCCGAAGGCCGAGGCGAUGCCGCUGCCCGUGGCGCUGCAGUCCCGCCUGGCCAAGCGGGGCCUGCUCAAGCACGUGGAGCCCGAGCCGGAGGAGGAGAUCAUCGCCGAGGACUACGAUGAUGCCCACGUGGAUUACGAGGCCUCGCGGCUGGAGGGGCUGCCCCCCCCUUGGUACAAGGUCAUUGACCCGACCUGUGGGCUGCCCUACUACUGGAACGUGGAGACCGACCUCGUGUCCUGGUUGUCCCCAAACGACCCCAACUCCGUCAUCACCAAAGCUGCCAAGAGGCUCAAAGGGGCCCAGGGUGAGUCAAUGGACGGGGGGACCCAUGGACCCCCCAAAACCUCUGGGUUAGGGGGAGCAGGGAAGGUUUUGGGGGUGCCCCCCCCCUUUUCAAUCCUGGUCCCCCCCAUUUUGGCUCCAGUAGAGGCUGAGGAACCCCCCGAAAGGGGCUAUGAGAAGGAGGAGCCCCCCCGGGAGCGGCGCUUCCAUCGGCGUGAGGAGCUGGCACCGUACCCCAAGAGCAAGAAAGGCAGCCGCAAGGAUGAAGAACUGGACCCCAUGGACCCCAGUGCCUACUCGGAUGCCCCCAGGGGGACGUGGUCCACGGGGCUCCCCAAGAGGAACGAAGCCAAGACCGGGGCGGACACCACGGCCGCGGGGCCCCUGUUCCAGCAGCGCCCGUACCCGAGCCCCGGUGCUGUGCUCCGGGCCAAUGCUGAGGCCUCGCGGAGCAAGGACUGACCCCAACCCCCAAAACAGCCUCUG